ACGGUGGAAGUGUUGUGUGAAAGUAUACGUCGACUUGGUAGGAAGUAUAGAACGCCGAGCCCGAUUCAAUCGGUUGCUCCGUUUUAUUCAACGGCCGAGCGCUACGGAAUUCACAGUAUUCGUUUCGUGCGCGGCAAGAAAAGUGCGAUCACCGCGAACAUGUGCAUCCGCGCGACACUAUGCGUGGCCCUCGUACUCGCUGCGGCGUGUGUCGUUAAUUGCCAGGAAAUGCAGCCGGCAGCCGUUGAAGUUAGCUUAAAUGUAACGCAGUAUAACGUAACAGCUACGGACGAUAAAAAUUUCUGGGAAUGGUUAUCCAGUUUAAUAUCCGCUGGCGGGUCUAUAAAUGGUACAACUGAACUUCCGAGGCCAGCGACUACUGAACCGUGUUUACCUUGCAAAUGUGGUUUGACGAACACGCAGAAACGUAUUGUAGGCGGUGUCGAGACUCAGAUCAAUCAAUAUCCGUGGAUGGUGUUAAUGAUGUUCAGAGGACGAUUUUAUUGCGGUGGAUCUGUUAUAAGUUCUCGUUACGUGUUGACUGCUGCACAUUGUGUCGACAGGUUCGAUCCAAAUCUGAUGUCAAUUCGGAUAUUGGAGCACGAUCGCAAUUCAACUACAGAGUCAGAGACCCAGGAAUUUAAAGUCGAGAAAGUGAUCAAGCACAGCGGUUAUUCUACGUUCAACUAUAACAACGAUAUCGCGCUCGUCAAAUUGAAAGACGCCAUUCGAUUCGAGGGAAAGAUGAGGCCAGUUUGCCUUCCAGAACAAGGGAAAACUUUCGCUGGAUUGAAUGGAACAGUGACUGGUUGGGGAGCGGUGCAAGAGGCUGGCGCCAUAUCGCAAACUCUACAGGAAGUGACGGUUCCGAUUCUGACGAAUGCAGAAUGUCGCGCGAGUAAAUAUCCGUCGCGAAGGAUCACUGACAACAUGCUGUGCGCCGGUUAUGAAGAGGGAAAGAAGGAUUCGUGUCAGGGAGAUAGUGGCGGCCCCCUGCACAUUAUUAACAACGACACUUAUCAAAUAGUUGGAGUGGUAUCCUGGGGCGAAGGAUGCGCAAGGCCUGGCUACCCCGGUGUUUACAGCAGGGUGAAUCGUUUCCUUUCGUGGAUCAAUCGCAACACCGAGGACGCGUGUUACUGCUAAUGUAAAACGGUGAAUAACGCUUCGAUUAUUUUUAAAUUCAUCGAGUCUUGGCUGACUGAAAACUCGAUACUGUAAAAUGUACCUCUAUCUCUCUGUUUUUUUUUUUUUUUUUUUCUUAAAGACUAGAAUUAUUCGUGGAAUAUUUCCUCCGUGAAUUUAAAGCUUUUGAGAGUAUUAAUAGACGACCAUGUGAAACGAGUACAAGUACCAGCUCGGAAUAUUUAUUCCUGGUAAUCUCUCAUUGCGUAGUAAAUUGAUUUAUCAGCCAUGCGCGAAUAUAUACUAGAUCAAUCCUCUAUAACACCGUGCGACUCAGAAAUAUUUGCAUCCGUAUUUUUUAUAAUAUUAUUACUCAUGUUUAUCGUGUCUUGGAAUUUUGACAGCGGCAACUGUCAAUUUUUCGCGAAGAAAGAAUGAUCUUCUGCGUCAAACAUAAACAAAUGGUUAAAAUUGGCAAACAACGAAAUCUCUGUAUUUUCAAAUAUUUAGGUUUGAAUUUCUAUAUCGUUUAAAUUUACAUUUCCCUAUCGUGUUUCACUGCUAAAUUAAAGCCAAGUGAAUUACGUCGUUUAACGAUGUUAAAGUGAAAAGAAAAGUGAAAACGUGUACGGAAAACGUGAAGAAUGAUAAAGUGUUAUAGAGGGAUCAGACGAGUCUUACCGUGUUCACGAAAAGUUGAAACGAAGAGGUGGCUACGCGUUAUAUCCGUUAUAUCCUACGUUCGUGCAAGUGAGACGAUUAAAAAUUAAGGCACGUAUCGAGCAUCCGACUCGUAACAUCGAACGUACGAGAAAGAAAGUUAGCCGAACUUUCUCUGUUUCAUUGGACUUGGAAUUUUGGUGAAAACUCACGUACUUGCCACCCUGAGCGCUGAGCUUCAUUUGUCGUGUCACACACAUGACAAAAGUUGUCAAACGCCUCGCGUGCCGUCUUUGCAUCACUAUUUCGCGAGUUACACGCACAGUGAAACGUCGAUUGUUUUUUCAUCUAAUAAAAUACCGAUCGUUCGUUAUUAAAUGAAACGAAAUUAACCUCGAUAUUUAUAGAUAUUUAUAUAGAUAUUUAUAUAAUAGAAUGCUCGACAAUA